UGUUUAUUUGCUUUCCAGGUAUUAGUUAAUAUUGGCAACCAUUUUGAUCUUGCUUCCAGUAUAUUUGUAGCACCAAGAAAAGGGAUAUAUAGUUUCAGUUUCCACGUGGUCAAGGUCUAUAACAGACAAACCAUCCAGGUAAGUUUAAUGCAAAACGGCUACCCAGUGAUUUCAGCUUUUGCAGGGGAUCAGGACGUCACCAGAGAAGCCGCCAGCAAUGGGGUCUUGCUCCACAUGGAAAGAGAAGACAAAGUCCACCUCAAACUGGAAAGGGGCAACCUCAUGGGAGGGUGGAAAUACUCGACCUUUUCCGGCUUCUUAGUCUUUCCGCUAUAAAAGAAGGCCAAACAGGAGACAGACCCAUGAGCCAGGCGGAGCAAGGAUUCAGUCGUUAACGUCACCCUGAACUUGGCAGCACAUGACAAUAUUUCCAGUCACCCCGUCCGACUGGCACGGUAGAAGAACGAUAACCUUCUCCACUCCAACAUUUGCUUCGAGUAUUGACAAUUCCUCGGGAACCUGCGCCUCUAAUUAGUUUUAGACGACAGUGAUCUUUAGGAGAGAUGAAAUUAUCGACCUGAGCAAUUUGUACCUGUGAUUGUAAAGUCAAUUUCGGAUUUAAUUGUUGGGAUCAUUGACUUUCUUAUUCUUUUUUUUUAUUAUUUUUUUUUUUCCUCUCCUUCAUUUUUUCCUCCUUUUCUUUCUCUUGUUGUUGUCCCCAAUGAGACAAAUAACUCGGACCACAAAACCGCUUUGUCAAAGGCUCCCUCCGGAGCCAGAAGAGUGAAGUGUUCAGCCCAAUGAGGUGUUCUUUCCAUGCUUUAUUUCUUUGUGUUGUAUAGCCUUAAGGAAAAAA